CCCAGUCUGGACCAAGAGGAGCCAGAACCUCCACAGAUUAAAGAGGAGGAGGAGCACUGCAUCGGUCUGGAAGUAGAGCAGCUUGUACUGAAGCAGGAGGAUCAAGAUAACCUUUUGUUGAAUCCUACUUUCAAGGAAAGUGAUCACACUGAACCAGAACCAAGUGACCACCAGCUCCUCUCCCACAGCUCAGCUCAGAGCCAAGAUCUCAACGGAGGCCAGCAUGGAAACUCAAAAUCAGUUAGUAAUGCAGAGCCGGCAUCAGAAAAGGGACAUCAUGUCAUCACAAGAGCAAAAGGGAGCACAAGUCCCAGUAACCUUGCAUGUAGCACUACCAUGUCAAAGAUUGUGCAGAAUAUCUGCAUGAGUAAAAAGGUUCUCCAGUGUGACACAUGUGGAAAAGUCUUUAAGUGGAAGUCAUUAUUAAAUGGACAUCUGAGGGUGCACACAGGUGAGAAACCAUAUCUUUGCAAAACCUGUGGAAUGAGAUUUGGUUACAAGUCAUCACUAGUAACACAUGUGAGAGUCCACACAGGGGAGAAACUGUAUUCUUGCGAAAGGUGUGAAAAAAGUUUCACAAGUAGCACAAAAUUGAAGAGACACGAGACAACGCACACGGGCGAGAGACCUUAUACUUGCAAAACUUGUGGGAGAAGUUUUAGCCUGAGAACUACCCUGCAGAGACACGAGAGAACGCACACAGGCGAGAAACCUUUUUCUUGCAAAACUUGUGGGAGAAGUUUUAUUCUGAGUAAUCACCUGAAGAGACACGAGACAACGCACACGGGCGAGAAACCUUUUUCUUGCAAAACUUGUGGGAGAAGUUUUAGCCUGAGAAAUAACCUGCAGGAUCACGAGAGAACGCACACGGGCGAGAAACCUUUUUCUUGCAAAAUUUGUGGGAGAAGUUUUAUUCUGAGUAAUCACCUGAAGAGACACGAGAGAACGCACACGGGCGAGAAACCUUUUUCUUGCAAAACUUGUGGGAGAAGUUUUAUUCUGAGUAAUCACCUGAAGAGACACGAGACAACGCACACGGGCGAGAAACCUUUUUCUUGCAAAACUUGUGGGAGAAGUUUUAUUCUGAGUAAUCACCUGCAGAGACACGAGACAACGCACACGGGCGAGAAACCUUUUUCUUGCAAAACUUGUGGGAGAAGUUUUAUUCUGAGUAAUCACCUGAAGAGACACGAGAGAACGCACACGGGCGAGAAACCUUUUUCUUGCAAAACUUGUGGGAGAAGUUUUAGCCUGAGUAAUCACCUGAAGAGACACGAGAGAACGCACACGGGCGAGAAAACUUUUUCUUGCAAAACUUGUGGGAGAAGUUUUAGCCUGAGAAAUAACCUGCGGGAUCACGAGAGAACGCACACGGGAGAGAAGCCUUUUUCUUGCAAAACUUGUGGGAGAAGUUUUAGCCUGAGGAAAACCCUAAAGGUCCACGAGAGAACGCACACGGGGGAGAAGCCUUUUUCUUGCAAAACUUGUGGGAGAAGUUUUACACAUGGAUGUAGGUUGAAAGUUCACAUGAGAAGCCAUAAAGGGGAGGAGUCGUAUCCAUGUACUACUUGUGGUGAAAGAUUUGUUAUCAAAUCCCUUCUAACCAAACAUUUGUUGACCCACACAUAGCAAAACUGAUAUUUUUGUAAAAUGAUGUAAAGAUCUCUCACUUGCCAGUUUAUACAAAGUCCACGGGAGAAAACAUCCAGUUGAGAAGCCAAACCAUGGCAACACGAGAGGGAUUCGAUUGGCUCAAGCAUUUUCAAAGAAGUUGUUACUUAGUUAUUGUUUCAUUAAUUAAAGAUACAACAGCUGGGGGAAACGACACUGGAAAUGUUUCAGGGGGACAAACAAGAGAUGAACCUGGUUGUAGUUCAAUGCUUUAUGACGUUCCAUCACCACUGAUGAGGAGCAGACUUCAAUAACUUCACAAAGCAGUGAACUACAGCCAGGUUCAUCACUUACAUCUACACAAGAGAGAUUGUGUACAUUUGCAUUAGCUGCAUCUCUGUAACUGAAUGUGGAAAAUAUCCCAUUGAGGAGACAUCACUAUAUCAUUGAUGCAGUACAUGGUCAACAACAUUUGCUGAAGUACCAACGUUUCUGUUCUUGAUGUGACUGUCAUUGAUAUUUACAUCUGCAAAGGAAGUGAUGUUUUCACCCAUGUAUCUUUGUUUAUUAAUUUAUCAGCCAUUUAUACCAGAUGGUGCAGGAAGGGGACGGGGGUGAGAGAAAUUGAUUGGGUAAAGUGGAAGUUCCAGGAUAUUUUAUUAUCAGUGAAUGUUGAGAGAUGUUGUCAAUGUGUCAGGAAAGACUGUGGAUCAAGAUGUACAAAAAUCUAACAUAUUUGUGGUACAGAAAUUUAUAAGAACAAAGUAUGUGGUGCAGAAUAUCAGAUGACUUCCCUUUUUUCUUUUUCCUAUUACAAAAGAAGAAAAUAUGUUGUUAAUGUGUAAACUUUCCUAAAUGACUCACUGUAAAUGGUUAUUCUUUUGUACUACGUGUAUCCAAUACUUAAGUGCAUUUGCAGUUUAUUAAAGUUUUUUUUAAUUAUUGUGAUUGUACUUUACGUCUGUCACACGUUGAAUCAGUGUUUGUCUUUAUGGAGGAAAAUUCCCCUGACUAGGUGUCUCCCUGCUAUGACCUUGAUAAACAGGAUGGAACCCUUAUUUGGUGAUGUUUUUCUUCCAACUGGUAUCGCGGACGGACGGACACAACAGAUAACACACAGAGGAUGAUCUCCUGUCUUUCAUGUCUUUUUCUUUUUCAUAUCCUUUCUCAUGUAAUGCCUCUUUGUAUAAGUUCAGGCUUUUGUGAACUUGCGGCCAGUUGUUCCAUUUUGAGCACCCGUGCUUGUUGUAUAAACUCUGCAGAACUUAUUAUGAUAAAGACUCAAAAGCAA